GCGGGAGCUGGGCCCGCCCCUCGCACCUGCGGACCGGCCGGCUGCAGGAAGCAGGAAGUUCGGGCUGAAACUUAGCGCACCAGGAAGCGGCCGGAGCGGAGCAUGGAGGGCACCGGUGGCAGCGGGAUGGCAACGGACCGGGUGAAGAACCUGCAGAGCGAGGUGGAGGGGGUGAAAAACAUCAUGUCUCAAAAUGUGGAGCGGAUCCUGGCGCGGGGCGAGAACCUGGACCACCUGCGGAACAAGACCGAGGACCUGGAGGCGACGUCUGAGCACUUCAAGACAACCUCGCAGAAGGUGGCCCGCAAGUACUGGUGGAAGAACGUCAAGAUGAUCGCCAUCAUCUGUGUCAUUGUGGCCAUCAUCAUCAUCCUCAUCAUCCUGUUUGCCACCAACGUCAUCCCCACAUAGGCCACGCCCCCUCCCCGCAACCUCUUCCCCCACUCCACAGCUUCCCUGCCCCCACUGCCUGAUGGUCGCUGGGGGGGCGAUGCCUCCUGUCAGCCUUCUGAGUUUGCCCCUCCCUACGCCAGGAGGGGGAGGACACUUGUACUCUGACCCUCAUUGCCCCCAUGAAAGCUCCUUGGGGACUGUAGCCCCCUGAGGGGAACUCCCCUGCUCCCUCUGGCUCUGCCCAGCUUCCUUCCCCCAAACCCUGUGUCACACCCUUUCCCGGGCACCCCCAUCGGUGUUCCCAGGCUGGCAGAGCCAAGCUACGCGGGAGCAGCUCCCAACCCCCAGCUCGGCCCCGGGGGGCAGGGUUGUCCCCUCUGCCCAGUGCAGCUGCCUGUAGUCCAGCUGAGGGAGGAGGCACUCCUGGGCUGGGGUGAUGGGCUUGGAUCUGGGGAAUGCUUCCCCCCACCAUCACAGCCCGUGCCUCCCGUGGGGCAGAGCUGGGCGUGGGCAAGGGCUGCUCUGUCCUGACCUGGACAUGGCCCUGUGGGGAGCAAUCUACCUUUUGCCUUAAUAAAUAAUGAGAGAAGGCGAUAUCCCUGCAGGAGGGGGCGGGGGGAUUUGUCAGCCACCUCUGCCUGUCCAGGCUGGGGGCUCAUGGGCUUCACUCCCUAGGUUCUCAUAGCUAACCCCUCCCAUGGCACCCUGACAGUUGGUGCACCCCCUGUCCUGCCUGGAGGGGCAGGGUGCUCUUGGGGGUGCAGAAACCCCCUCUUGUCUGCAGGGGGAGACUCAGCCAAGGGGCGCAGCUGGGAGCUGGCGGGUCGAUUGGGGGAGCGGGGAAGGGUGAGCAGCCUCACCCUUGUUGCAGCCUCAACCCGCCCCAGCCUCCCCCACAUGCCCUGAGUUUGGCUGUGUAGGUGGGUCUUACUUGCAGGCUCCCCCGUCGGACCUGGGGGGGAUCCCUGAGCUGAGCAGUGGAAAUGAGCUUUGGAAGUAGUUUCAGAGCCACCACCCCCCUGACCCUGGAGGGGGAGACCAAGUCUUCCUGAUUUCCCCCCUCCCCACCCUCGCCCCCCCAGACGCAGGCUGCGCUCCCUGCAAUAAAUGUAUUUAUACCUCA